AUGUUCGAUCUUACACAUCCAUCUAUUGAUGGAACUCUCAAUACAGCAAUAUCAUCGUAUCCAAAUCCUUAUGCAUCAACAGCAUAUCGACCGUUUACUUCAAAUCCGUCAUCAUCUUUUCUAUUUAAUAUACCCAACACUCUUGACGAACAGCAACAACAACAGCAGCAGCAACAUCAUCAACGACUUACAGAAUUUGCAGCAUAUCCAAAUCCGACACAAGAGCUAAUGACUUAUUCCAUGUUCGAUUCUGAACAGUAUGUAGAUAAUCAAUAUCAUUCUCGUCCUAUGGAUGCUAUGGAUCAAAGUUCAUUUUUACCUUAUUUAUAUCCAUCGUAUCGUCCAGGAUUUAAUACAACAUCGACUGUGGCGGAUGGUAAAGAUGCCAAUUACGUCUGUAAAUGGAUUAAUCCGGAUACAAAUAGAAUAUGUAACGGAGCAUUUAUUUACAUGCAAGAUAUUGUAACUCAUCUGACAGUCGAACAUGUUGGUGGACCUGAACAAUCGUCACAUGUAUGUUUAUGGGCGGAUUGCCCUCGACAUGGCCGAGCAUUUAAAGCAAAAUAUAAAUUAGUUAAUCAUAUACGUGUUCAUACCGGUGAAAAACCAUUCUCUUGUCCGUUUGCUCGAUGUGGAAAAGUAUUUGCACGUUCAGAAAAUCUCAAAAUACACAAACGAACACAUACCGGAGAACGACCAUUUAAAUGUCAAUUUUGUGAACGAAGUUUUGCCAAUAGUUCUGAUAGAAAAAAACAUCAGCAUGUUCAUACAUCUGAUAAACCAUAUAAUUGCCGUUUUACUGGCUGCGAUAAAACAUACACUCAUCCAUCAUCUUUACGCAAACAUAUGAAAAUGCAUGAAUCUGUCUCAUCGUCUGAAUGCGUAAAAACUGAGCCAUGUUCAAAACGAAGCAAUCAUUAUCAACGUAGUCAAUCGCCUAAUAUUAAUAAUUCUUUAGCAACAGAUAGCUGUUCUCAAUCACCUUUAUCUUCCUAUGAAAAUCUUGUACCAACGAAAAAUAGAGCAUCGUCAAGUUAUAUGCAUCCGAUGAAUGUUUACCAUCAUUCAGCUGAUUUUCAACAACAUUAUUCUGGACUGCAUUUUUAA